GUUUAUCUGUGACUCUACUGCAUAUAUUGAAAGGCGGGACUUCCAUUCGUUUACGGAUAGAGGUUUAGGUGAGAACAUAGAAGGGAUCGUUACGGUAUCAACUAUUGGUAGGCCUAUCACAGGUUUAUGUGAAAGCCUCAGUACAGUAGCACAACUACUAGGAUACAAUGUUCCGGCGAGGGACAUAGUAGCCCAUAUCGGCGAUGCUAACCUGAAACGUCUUGUGCAACUCCACCCUGUGAACAUGUCUGAUGUCAACAAGACUAUCCAGAAAUGGCACGCGAGUUUCACAAAAGGCACGGACUUUGAUUCUUGGGGACAAUUAGUAGAGGCCAUAGAUGAGUACCAAAUACUCGCAAGGCAGCUGCAGAAAGAGGUACAGUCAACAAACCCAUCUGACUUCACAGAGGACCAGAAGAAAACAUUAGGGAAGUUUGCAACAUGCCUGGAGAUGAGAAGCUCUGCCUUGCAGUGCACACAAUCUCAGGAGGAGUUCAAGUUGGAAGAUCUGAAGAAACUGGAAAUUAUUAUCAAGAGUAUUUUGACCUAUAACAAAGAUUUUCCUUUUGAUGUGCAGCCAGUGCCCUUGAGGAGAAUCCUGGCCCCGGGGGAGGAGGAGAACUUGGAGGUAGAAGAAGAGGAGGAUGCUGCUACAGGAGCAGGCUCCCCAGAGUCCUUUCCCAACAGAGUACCAGUUUUGCAAGGUAUGGUUUGGUUGAGAAGGACAUUGUUGCCACGGUUACCCUCAGAGCCCAGGAUGUCGCUGCUCACAAUAAAGAUUGACAAGAUUGGGCUGAAAGAUGCAGGGCAAUGCAUUGAUCCCUACAUGACAGUUAGUGUGAAAGAUUUGAGUGGCAUUGAUUUGAACCCAGUGCAAGACACACCUGUGGCAACCCGAAAGGAGGACACAUACAUUCACUUCAGCGUAGACAUUGAGAUCCAGAGACAUAUCGAGAGACUACCAAAAGGGGCAGCUAUUUUCUUUGAGUUCAAGCACUAUAAACCCAAGAAGGGGUUUACCAGCACAAAAUGUUUUGCCUUCAUGGAAAUGGAUGAGAUCAAACCUGGUCCCAUUGUGAUCGAGUUGUACAAGAAGCCUACUGACUUCAAGAGGAAGAAGCUCCAGCUCCUGACCAAGAAGCCACUCUAUCUCCACCUCCACCAGACGUUGCACAAAGAUUAAUAACCGAGGUCACUGAGUAGAGCACAUGUAGAAUGCAGAAGCGCCACAGAAUUCCACUGUAGUCAUCAGACAUACAGCAAAGUUUGGUGUACCGACUCCCUAUCCGCCUCCACUCACAUCAGCAAUACUAAACCCAGCUGGCCCAAAUGCCACAACCUCAACUCUGUGAUAGGACGGCCCUGGAUGACACAUAUUAACUACAGCGGUGACAACACACUACUGUAUAAUGCUGCUUCGUAUCCAAGUGGGAGGUGGGAAUUUAGCAGUUGUGAAGUUGUAAAUACCAGUUGGAUGCAUUCACAUGCUUUGAAAAGAUAAUUUGGCUAAUGGCCAACAAGCUACCUAAACCAUAAACUAAAAGCUAUCAUGCUGGUAAACAAAUGAGUGUUAAAAAAAACAUAUCAAUAGAUUGCUUUUUAUAAAUAAUGAUUUGUUGCAUUUAAUUGCAGAAAAAUGCUGUUAUCCAGGUCAUUUCCUAAGUAGGUGAGGUCAGCAUGUGGGAGAAGUGGGAGCUCAGGAUGAUGUAUGAGUUUCCCACUAGUAAUUACCAGUUGGAGGGCCUUUCAAAUUGAUUUUUCCCAGUUGUAUAUGGUAAAUUCCCACUUGGUUACAAAUGCAUUUGACCCCUCUGGUGCCAAUUAGCGAUCACUUUUUUCUCUCUUCUCUGCAUGACGCUCAAUGGAAAAGAAGAGUUGAGAUAGCAAUUGGUACUGUAUGUCAAACAACCAGCAGAAAAACAACCAGCCUCGUCUUUAGUCUUCCUCUGCCUUUCCCUUUGGGGAUGAAAGAGGAUCAACAUGGUCAUUGGUGCUCAAGUGGUGUAUUGAUGAUGUCAUAUCCUGGUGCAAAUUUCAAAAUAUCUCAUUGUGCCCAUUUGACACAGCCACAGUGAAAAUAUAUAACUGCCCUGUUCAUUUACUUACAUCCUUAUCACUGAUCUAGCGUUAUUUAAUAGGUAAAAGUAAUAUAUUGGGAUAUUUGCUUUAAUCUAUCCUAUCACAUUAUAUGUGUGAUUACUUCAAGGAUGGGAGGAAGGAUGCAUUUUUUAGCAUUCAAAAAGGAUUCUGAGAUGCCAUGUCAUCCUGUUAUAAAGGGAGUUGAAAAGGAUGCUGCAUGUAACUGAAGUUGACUUUUACCUUUGUUUUGAAUGCUGUUCCCAUCAAGGCCACAAUGGCUAACCACUAUUUAAACAUUGUCUCCAUUUUAUUAACAUUUUGAUAUUUUUUUGUUGUAAUGGCACUAACUGAAUACACUUAUGGUGCUUUCAAGACAUCUGGGAACUCUGAAAAAAAUUGGUCAAAUCAUGACGUCAGUGAUCUUCGGCUCGGAAAGUCAGAGCUCUAGAAAGGUGCCAGAGUUCCCAACUUGGAAGUCCGAGUUGGAUAACUUAAAAGAUUUCUCCCAGUCAGAGCUUGUUUUUUUCAGAGUUCCCGGUUGUCUUGAACACACUGAAGUCGGAGAUUUCUGAGUUCCCAGUUGUUUUGAACACGGCAUUAAGAGACACUAAUCAGUGCAUAUUAUUGUGUGUGCUGUCCGACAGAGUUGACGAUUGUCAAUACAGUGUUGUGCUUUUGGUAACAGGUUGUGAGAAAAUGAACAUUUAUCAUUGGACUGACAAUUUACACUACUUUCAUUUUUAAUAAACAAAAUGCUGUUCGAA